GCUACUGCCAACAACAGAGAGGAGAGGAGCUGACAUCCGAGCCCGAUGCUCCCUGCUGAGGAAAGUGUUAGCGAACGCAGAUGGACGUUCACCGGAGCUGGUAUCGAUCCUUCUAAGAUGAAGAAUUAACAGAAGCUCAGAUUGCGCUGUAAAUGUAUCGGCAUCAGCGAGCUCAGUAUGAAGAAGUCGGUGCGACCAGCGGUGAGUAAGGUGGGCGGAGAACGAGGGAAGGCUGAGGCGGCAGCCACCGCUGGCACUGGGAAGCCUGCGGCCAAGACCAGCACCACAGCGCCUCUGUCCAAGGUCAAAAGCAAUGAUGAUCUCCUAGCCGCUAUGGCUGGAGGGAAUCCUGCAUCGAGCAGCGCUGUCACCAAAAGCAAAAGGACUGCUUCCACUGGGACUACUGCUAACAACUUAGACAGCAGACCAAAGACAACAUCAGGUACUUCAUCCAAACGUACAACAUCAUCAACUUCCAAAGAGCCGACUUCAUCACGAGACCGUCUUCGGACUUCCAGGACAUCAGCUGCUAAAAAGCAGUUGGUAUCAGGGUCUGCAGCGGGGGAUGUGGCGUCAGGGAAACGCUCACGCAGCCAUAUCUUGACAGAGUCUGAAGGCCGUAUGAGCAAAUCUAAAUCAGAUGGUCAGAUUAGUGAUAAGGUGGCUUUGGAGACUAAAGUGAAAGACCUGCUAGGUUUGGCUAAAAGCAAGGACGUGGAGAUCCUACACCUGCGCAGCGAGCUGAGGGAUAUGAGGGUCCAGCUUGGUUUGGGAGGGAAAGACACCCCGCCACAGGAAGAGGCUGAGGAAGAGGAAAAGCCACAGGUUUCAGCCAUCACUGCAGCUGAUGUGGAGUCCACUCUGAUUCUCUUACAAGAGCAGAACCAGGCCAUCAGAGAGGAACUCAACCUGCUAAAGAGUGAGAACCGCAUGCUGAAAGAUAGACUUAACGCACUAGGCUUUUCUCUGGAGCAGAGACUGGACGCCUCUGACAAACUGUUCAACUAUGCCUCUCUGAGCCCAGACCUGGCAACAGGCAGUGGGCAGAGCGAUGGUGGAGGCACAGGUACACUGACCUCCUCAGUGGAAGGCUCCGCCCCUGGCUCGUUGGAGGACCUGCUCGCAGGACACCAGCAUGGAGGCUCAGCGGACAACCUUGACAGUGAAUCCAGCGAGGUCUACCAAGCCGUCACCUCCAGCGAUGACGCUCUGGAUGCCCCCUCUGGAGCUUCCUCGUCGUCUGAGUCGGAGUGUGCACCCAGCAGGGAUCGCUCACGCAGAGGCAGCAGCGGCAAUGCCAGUGAGGUGUCUGUGGCCUGUCUGACUGAGCGAAUCCACCAGAUGGAAGAGAACCAGCACAGCACUGCUGAGGAGCUCCAAGCCACACUACAGGAGUUGGCCGACCUGCAGCAAAUCACCCAAGAGCUGAACGGGGAGAACGAGCGGCUCGGAGAGGAGAAGGUCAUCCUCAUGGACUCUCUGUGCCAGCAGAGUGACAAACUGGAGCUCUACGGUCGCCAGAUUGAGUACCUUCGCUGCCUGCUGGACGAGCAUCACAUAUCUUAUGUUCUGGAGGAGGACAUCAAGAGUGGCCGCUACAUGGAGCUGGAGCAGCGCUACGCUGACUUAGCAGAUAAUGCCCGCUUUGAGCGAGAACAGCUGCUGGGCGUUCAGCAACACCUGUCCAACACAUUAAAGAUGGCUGAACAGGACAACGCUGAGGCCCAGGAGAUGAUCGGAGUGCUGAAGGAGAGGAACCACCAGAUAGAGCGCACGCUUGAUUCAGAGAGACAGGAUCGCUCUGCCAUGGCAGCCGCACUUGACGAGUACAAGGCGGCAGUGAGCAAUGACCAGGCGGAGCUGAGCCGCUGCCGAGCCCAGCUGGACCAGGAGAGGCAGAGGGUGGCUGAGCUGUACUCUCUUCACACUGCGGGGGACAAAAAUGACAUCUGCCAGCUGCUGGAAGGUGUUCGUCUGGGGAAAGAGGAGGCUGAAGCCAAGGCUGCAAAGAUGCAGGAGGAGCUGGAGGAAGCCCACGGUGAACUCCACAGCCUGCAGGAGACUUUCACUAAGCUGGACGGGGAGUACAGGGAUUUCCAGGAGCAGGUGCAGCAGCAGAUGGGGGAGCAGGAGCGUGCUCUGGAGAAGCAGCGCGUGGAGCUGCAGGAGAAAGAGACGGAGAUCGCCGACAUGAAGGAAACCAUAUUUGAGCUGGAGGAUGAGGUGGAGCAGCAUCGAGCACUUAAACUCCACGACAACCUCAUCAUCACAGACCUGGAGAACUCUGUGAAGAAGCUGCAGGACCAUAAACACGACAUGGAGAGGGAGAUCAAGAUUCUUCACCGCAGACUGAGGGAGGAGUCAAUGGAGUGGCGUCAGUUCCAGGCUGAUCUGCAGACGGCUGUUGUCAUUGCUAAUGACAUCAAGUCGGAAGCACAGGAGGAGAUUGGAGAUUUGCGGCGCCGGUUGCAGGAAGCGCAGGAGAAGAACGAGAAACUGAGCAAGGAGCUGGAUGAGGUCAAGAGCCGCAAGCAGGAUGAGGAGAGAGGCCGAGUGUAUAACUACAUGAAUGCAGUGGAGAGAGACCUAGCUGCUCUCAGACAGGGGAUGGGUCUCAGUCGGCGCUCUUCCACCUCCUCAGAGCCUUCGCCCACUGUCAAAACACUCAUCAAGAGCUUUGACAGCGCCUCACAAGAUUAUGUUACCUCAGGUCCAGCCACCAACGGUGCCACUGUGGCUCCAACAGCCUCAGCUGCCCCACUCCCACGCACCCCCCUCAGCCCCAGUCCCAUGAAGACGCCUCCAGCAGCGGCUGUUUCACCCAUACAGAGACACUCCAUAAGUGGAUCUAUGUCUGCAACCAAGCCACUCUCCUCACUGAGUGACAAGAGACCCAGCUACACAGACAUCACCAUGCCAGCUGAGCACCUUCUCAGGGGAACCUCGGCCAGCCGACCACAAUCGGCCCUCCAGAGAGUCUCCAACAUGGACACCACCAAAGCAAUCUCAGCAGUGUCCCGCAGGAGCAGUGAGGAAAUAAAGAGGGACAUGUCCGCUCCGGACGGGGCCUCCUCAUCCUCCCUAAUGGCUUUGAGCGCAGCUUCCUCUCCGCUCUCGCUGUCCUCCUCCUCUCCCACUGCCUCCAUCACCCCGACAGCACGCAGCCGUUUGAGAGAGGAGAGAAAGGACCCAUUGUCAGCACUGGCCAGAGAGUAUGGAGGCUCCAAAAGAAAUGCUCUGCUAAAGUGGUGCCAGAAGAAGACUGAGGGCUACCAGAACAUCGAUAUCACCAACUUCAGCAGCAGCUGGAAUGACGGCCUGGCUUUUUGUGCUGUGCUGCACACGUACCUGCCUGCGCACAUCCCCUACCAGGAGCUCACCAGCCAGGACAAGAGGAGAAAUUUCACCUUAGCGUUCCAGGCUGCAGAGAGUGUGGGCAUCAAAUGCACUUUGGACUUAAAUGAGAUGGUGCACACGGAGAGGCCCGACUGGCAGAGCGUCAUGACGUAUGUCACCGCCAUCUACAAGUACUUUGAGACCUGACGUCACCGGUUCACCCUCCUGAGCUCUCGGCAAACAUUUCAGCGCUACAACAUCAUCUGACCUCUCCCCCCACACCACAGUGACAACCAGUCGCACUGCAUGCUGGUCCUUAGUAUUUAGCAACCUGUAAAUGCAGACCUGAAGCUCACUGGAUGCGACAGCUACACUAACAGAGCAGAGGAGGAGCUUUGUUCAGCGUCAUGGUCCAAGGACUUGUGUUCAUGUCGUCACACUAGAAAAUCAUCAGAACUGACUCCAAGUGACUGUGAAGUGAGGGAGGGACUUGGAGAGGAAACCAAGUGUCAGUGCCUUAUCUGGCUCUAUAUUGAGAGUUUGCUUCACACUUUCAGCAGUUGCUCGUCUGUUGAAGGGGAAUUCCAGCUAACCUGGCUUAAAGAGUGCUACUAAGACAAGAUGACUCAUUAAGUGUGUUUUUCUUUCUUUUUUUUUGCUUUAUUAUGAAUAUUAUGUUUAAAGACAGAAAAAAGUUAGCAAUGCUGGGAUUCGCCCACAAUCCUGAACAUCCCCUUUGGAAGGAAUUCAGACAGACACGUUGUUUUCCUUUGUUUGUUUGUUUUUGCACCAAAUCAUCCACCUUUUUUUUUUAUGUUAGAGGGCGGAUGCCUCUCUUUCAGUGAUAAAGUGCCUGCAGGGGAGUAAGAAAUGAGGCACAGUCUGUGGGACAGACCUUUUCUCACUACAGUCUGUGAAGCUGAAGAACAGAGGAGUCUUUGCCAAAAUGUGUUUAAAGAGCCAGUGACUGACAGAUUUCCGAGCACAGACGUAAGCUACACAUUUUGUUAAGCUGCCACAACGUACCCUAAAUGCGUCUCUCUUUUUGACGGUGGACUGAUAGUCAUUUGACGUACAUGGAGUUUUAACACUAGCCUUUAGAUCUGUACAAUGCGAGUGCAUGCAUUCGUCAUCUCGCACUCACUACAGCUGCACAUACAGUGAACUGCAUUGUUACAGCAUAACCAAAGUGUGAGUGAGUAGAGUUUAGAUUAAGUGUGUUUUGUUCCGUUUAAAUAGACGACACACGUGUUGUGUCGCGUUGGGAUCAUAAUCAUUGGUCGGAGGACGACAAUGGAUGCUACUCAAGCCCGUACAGUUGCAGUGGGUUGUCAUAGCAUAGCAUAGCAUAGCAUAGCAUAAAAACACGGUUGCCACGUUUACUCCAAAAAUGGCGACAGAAACUACCUUACAUUCACUUCAAAAUGAUAGAAUUAUAUGGAAAAAAUGACACGGUGUCAUUUAUUGACUGAAUAUGUGCUCUUUUUUUAGUUUAGUUCGCUUUUUAACUGUCAUGCUAAGCUGCAGAAUGAACGUAGUAUUGAUCUUCUCGUCUAUCGGAAAGAAAGAAGAAGAUAAAUUGUAUUCCUCAAAACACUGCGAAAACCUUUAUUAUUUUUUCAUGUUUAAUGACUCGCCGCGUCCAUGCUGAUGCUGUAAUUAGAGAAGUGUUAGUCUGACAAUCACACAGAGCAACAAUGUAGCACACAUUUGUCAUUUCACCUGAUUUCAGUCAGCUGUUACUUGCUUAAAUGCUGCCGACUGGUGCCUCAUGCAAAACCAACUUCACUAUAUAUUUAUUUGCACGGUUUCCAAUCAUUGUAGUUAGGUCACUGCUUUACUUGUGUGUGUCUGAAGUGUAUAUGAAUUUAUUAGACGUGACAGUAAGUAGCUGCACUGAGAUAAGCUUUUUUUAUAUUCCACACUAACUCCCUGCCUUAACAGCUGAUCCUGGUGAAACUGUGACGUGUCGUGAUCAGACUCUGGCGAUCUUUCCUCGCCGCGCUCGUGUGAGGGCGCAGGAAUUUUCCCGAAACAAGGUCAUUUUGGUCAAAACUGUUUUGGGAAGUUGGUUAAAGUCCCUCGCGUGUGGUGGAGGUGGCUGCACGCCUAUGUGGAGCAGGUGGCAUCGAUAACAAAUUUUAUUCCCAGCCACCAACACCAAUGGCAGCAUUUAACACUCGAGCCAGUGACAAGAGAGAGUGUGACUGAGUUAUUUAAUGCCAUUUAAAAUUGUCAACUCUCUGUUGAUGGAUUUUGUGAUGCCGAGGAUCAUCAGCCAGCAGUUUUAUUGCUCAAUUCCAUCGCUGGGCCCCACAUGUUAUAUCGCUCCCAUCAGGAACAUCUGAGAGCCUCAGAAAGAUUUGAAGCCUCUCUCGCCUCGAAGCGGAAUGUGUUUUGAUCAUGCUUUUAGUGAUCCCGGGACUUUACGAGGUUCCACCGUACGCUGAUGUGGAGUGAUUGAUGAACACUGAGCCUCAGAGACUGGCCAACGCUCCGUAGCACAUUCCACCUCAAUGCGAUGCAGCCGUGAGGGACAUGAGACCUGUGUGUGGCUUCACCACAAAGCAAAUGUGAACCAUGUCCAUAAAGACUCUGUUGGGUCUACUUCAUUAUGCUACACAUAUUUUAUGUUUGUUUACUUGAAAAAGCUCUGAGAAUUCCACUGAAUCCGCUUUAGUUUGUCUUUUUGCCUUUUUUCUGCGCCACGAUGUGUUUUUGGUGUAGAGUUGUUUUUUUUCCUUAUCACUACACACAGUGCUCAAAUGUUCACAUGGCAAAGAUAAAGCUAUUUGUGCAUGUGUGUGAGGGUGUGUGUGUGUUUGUGUGUGUGCGUGUGGAAAGGGACUAAGCUACAGUAUUAAGUGCACACUUUGAUGAUAAUCAUUUGUUUUUUGUUAUUUCAAAGAAAGCUCAUCUGGUUUUAUGUUGCUUUAAUAGUUUUUUCUGGCAAUUAUAAUAAUGAUAAUAAUAAUAAUAAAAGACCAUUUGAAACACU